AUGUACAUCAACCCGGACUACUACUACGUCGAGCAGCUACCAACCAUGAAGAAGUCGGGUCAACUCCGGGCUCUGGCCGGUUCGCGUAACUGCUUCUUCUCGCCAGUCAACUGCAUCAUCACGCACGACAUCAACUCGUACCGUCGUCUGGCGAAAGGAUCCAGUGUCGCGUAA